CACGAGCCUAGUAUGUCCACAAUGUUAGCGAAUUACCACAAUGACUUUGAUCCUUUUAAAGCAACCUCUACACCAAUUUACCAAACUGCUACUUUUGAAAUGCCUUCUGCAACACAUGGUGGUAAAUAUAUGUAUUCAAGAACUGGAAAUCCUACCAGAGAUACUUUAGAGAAGUUACUAGCGAAGAUUGACAAUGCAAAAUAUGGCUAUUGUUUCAGCAGUGGAAUGUCUGCUUUAACUGCUGUUACUGAACUUGUUAAACCUGGCGAAGAAAUCGUUGCUGUGGAGGAUAUCUAUGGUGGUUCACAUCAAUUCCUGGUUGACUAUAUUGCAAGGAAAGGAGCAGUCGAAGUGAACCGAGUAGACACAACUAAUCUAGACAAGGUGAAAACUGCUCUUGAACGUGGGAAGACUAAGCUGGUGUGGUUAGAGAGUCCUAGCAAUCCUCUAUUAAAAAUAACUGAUAUUCGAAAAAUAUCAGCGUUGGCUCAUGAACAUGGUGCUAUUGUGAUGAUGGACAACAGCAUGAUGUCUCCUAUGUUAUGUCAGCCGUUGGAUCUUGGAGCAGAUAUUGUUAUGCAUUCUGCGACCAAAUUUAUUUCUGGAAAUAGUAAUCUCUUGGCUGGUGUUCUUGCAACGAAUGACGAAAAGUUGUCAGAACAGCUGAAGUUUUAUUUAAAUGCCAUGGGCUGUGCCUUGGGCCCAUUUGAUUCUUGGCUCUGUAUGGAAGGAAGCAAAACCAUGGCAUUGCGAGUUGAAAGACAACAGGAUAAUACACAAAAGGUUGCUGAGUACCUUGCCAGCAAUGGACAAGUAACCAAAGUGAACUAUGUUGGUCUUCCAUCUCAUCCGGGACAUGACUUGCACUUCUCUCAGGCAAGUGGGGCAGGAUCUGUACUUAGCUUUACCACAGGCUCUGCGGCACUCUCACAACACAUUGUUGAACACACCAAAUACUUUAGUAUGACCGUCGGUUUUGGGGGUAUAAUUUCUGCAAUAUGCUUGCCCUGGUAUACAUCCCAUGCUAGCAUACCUCAAGCAGAGCGUGAAAGCAUGGGCAUAACUGAAGAUCUUGUUCGUCUCAAUGUGGGCAUCGAGGAUGUUAAUGAUCUUAUUGAUGAUCUCAAAAAUGCAUUCGCGUCUUAUCCCACUAAGAAGUCCUUUUGGUUUUGA